AGCCCACUCGUGCUGCUGCUCUACUGUAAUCAUAUGAUUGGGAGUCGAUCCCCGCCGCAGAAUACCGACACUCUGGGCGGACACAAGCGGAGGAGCCGGGCCCGAGGACAUCAUCACAGGGAAGCUGCCAAGUGCACCGAGCCGGUGAAAAAGUUACGAACAGAGACAAACCCUCUCCACAAAGGAACUUUUUUCAACUCUGCAGAGACUUGGUCACUGGGGGCUGUUGGCAGAAGGAAAGGAAGGGGCUGCGGUUAGAAACGCUAACCGAAGGACAGUCGAUUUAACCGAGACAGAGAUUGAAGUUUAUCCGCCUGUAAGUGCGGCGGUCAGUGGGUCGUGGCUGCUGGAAUCCCCACGGGUCCUUGCAUCGCUUUUUGGGCUGGACCACUUCUACUACCAAACUACAGCCAUGGUCGGGGAGACAGAGGUGAAGGAGAGACCCAAGUCCAACCCGGACUAUCUCAUGCAGCUGAUGAACGACAGGAAGGUGAUGAGCUCGCUGCCAAACUUCAGCGGCAUCUUCACGCAUCUGGAGCGGCUGCUGGAUGAAGAGAUCGGCAGAGUUCGCAAGGACAUGUACAAUGACACACUGAACGGUGGCAUGUUCAACGGCCGGGACAUGGAGGAGCUUCCUGAACCUAUUGGCCCUGUGGCUCAGCUGCAGGAGAAGCUCUAUGUGCCUGUCAAGGAGUACCCUGAUUUUAACUUUGUAGGGAGGAUCCUGGGCCCCCGCGGUCUGACGGCCAAACAACUGGAGGCAGAAACAGGAUGCAAGAUUAUGGUGCGAGGGAAGGGCUCCAUGAGAGACAAGAAGAAGGAGGAGAUGAACCGAGGGAAGCCCAACUGGGAGCAUCUGAGCGAAGACCUCCAUGUUCUCAUCACAGUGGAGGACACACACAAUCGGGCCAAGAUCAAGCUCCAGCGGGCCAUCAACGAGGUCAAGAAACUUCUUGUGCCUGCUGCUGAGGGGGAGGACAACCUGAAGAAAAUGCAGUUGAUGGAGCUGGCCAUUCUGAAUGGGACCUACAGAGACGCCAAUGUUAAGACGCCCACCGCAGCCUUCCCUCUAGCGACCCCUCAGGCACCACGCAUCAUCACAGGCCCAACGCCCGUCCUGCCUCCCAACCUGCGCAACCCUGCCCCGGUCACCACGCCGACCCUCAUGCCUUUAAUCCGUCAGAUCCAGAGCUCUGCCCUCGUGCCAGGAGGCAAUCCACACCCAGCGCUGGUGCAGCAAGGGCCGGAAUCCGGAAUCAUCUACACACCUUAUGACUAUCCCUACACACUCACACCCUCCAUAUUGGAAUAUCCCAUUGACUCAACUGGAGUACUAGGUAUGGCUUUCCCAACCAAAGGCUAAAAGCGAUAGCAACACUCCCCACUAGCACACACAUGGACUGGCUUUUCAGAGAGAGACCCUUCCCUCCCUGCUCCUCUCCCCCUUCCCUCACCCCCAAAACACACACACGUCCCACGGGGCAAACACUCAGAGUUUGCCCAUACUUUAGGAUGACAGGUUCUCCGGCAGUCAUUCAAGUAGUCAAGUGUCCAUUCCUGUUCAUUUACGCUUUGUAUUAGCAGACUAGUGUUGUGGUGUGACAGCUACUUAACUCGUUUUUAAUAGUUCAGCUUCCGCUUAUACUUUUAACACAUAUUAGUGAACCCGUAGAUAUUAUAGCGCUGCUAUUUGUGAUUUAAUAUGUGUUAAAGCUUAUUUUGAUCACAGCGAUAGAGAGUGAUUUUUUUUUACUAGCAGCUGAUGUUGAAUCUACUAGUAGUGAGUAGUGGUUCGGAUUGAUAAUAUCUCCUAAAAAACAAGAAAGAGAGACGACCACAGAACAACACAAAAUAAGUGUGCUCUUCAAGGGGAAACGCUGUUUUGUUUAUUCUCCACUUUCAGUCUUGAUUAUGUUUCCUGGUUUCACUGAUGUUGGUGCCAUGAGUAGACUGUUUGAUUGUCUUUCUGAUGAGUAACCGUCUGUGUUCUGUUUUGGCGAUGUCAAAUGGCUGUUAGCAGGUGCCAUGACCACUAAGGUACGACGCCACGACAAGAGAAUCCAUCCUUACCAAAGGGUAGUGACCACAGACAGAGGUUAGUUAGCUCACCAGCCACUUUAAUGUGUAUGUGUGUGUGUUAGUGUGAGUGUGCAUGCAGACCAAUGGACCAAUUCCCAGUUUACAUGUGUCUGUGUAAUACGGCAUGCCUUAAAUUUUUUUUUUUUUUUUUAAAGACGAGGAAUUAACUGUGUUAAGGUUAAAAGGUCACACACUGAGGCAGCAUCAGUGUAUAAAUGUGAAACAGUAUUUGUUGCAGUGAAAGUGAAGUAAGUGAGCAGAUUGGGAGGAACCAUGUAAAAGGUCGCAGCUGCAGCAGUUAUCUUUGCUCGCCUGUGGACUUGCAGGCUGGCACCCUCUCAGUUAGAGUAGAUCAGUCCGUUCAUGUGACUCGGUCCUUGUGACUCUGGUUUUGGAGUGAAAUUUUUAUUUGACUUAGGUGUAGUUUAUCUCCUAUUACUACUUUUUAUUUAUACCCAAUACACCAUUCCAGUAGAUUUUCACAAAUGAUUUAUUAUUAUUAUUUUAAAUAUUAUUAUUUUGAAUGAAAUCCUGUGUUCUGCCCAAUGACUAUAUGACACUUAAAGUAACAGUGAUUGUCUUUUCCCUGAAGGUCAUCCAAUCCAAUAUGACCUUUGGGUUUUACUACUAAAACACAGCGUGUGAUAACUACUGAAGUCUGUGUUACAAGCUCUUUUGUAUCAGAUACUGUUGUUUGUGGUCUUAUCAGUCGCCCACUGGACUUGAUCAUUGGGGCUGUUUACAUCCUUCAUAUAUUUCCUAGCCAGAGUGGUGCUGUUACCAUGUAUUUAGCUGCAAAAUAAAUUUGUAUAUAGGGAUUUUAAGGAUUUAAGUGCUUAUAAGAAGCUUAUGGAAGAAGAUCGCUUGGAAAUACUUGUAGUUUUCUUUUUUUUUUUUUUUUUUUAGUUCUUUUUAGUUUGUAAAUUUUUUUUAUUUUGUUUUUAUGGUAUACUUUUUAUAGAUGAAGUGUCUCCAUGUAAAACUUCAAAACUUUAUUCAAAGUGUGUAGUUACUACUGUUUUAGUCACCGGGAAGGUGGCAGUGAAGGCAGUGUUAUACUCUGUGUAUUUAAGACGAGGUGACCCUUCUCCAUUCACGGGCCUCGUGACUGUUUUAUGCAAUAGAAAUGGACUAGCUAGCUACAAUUAUGUGCGUGUGUAUGUGUGUGUUGUAUGUGUGGGCGUGCAUGUGAGCAUCGGUGCUCGUAUUGUACACAGUGGAAAAGAAAAAAAAAACACUAAAAGGCAAUAAAGAUGAUUAUUGAAAAAAAAACAUGUGCCAAGGAAACCAAAGCCUCAGAAUUCUUGUAGCUAGUCUAUGUCUACUGUUAAAUUGUUUGUUAAAUUUUCUCUAAAAUCACCAUCUCUUAACCUCUCAUUGCUGUCUCUUAUUGGUGCCUCUCUGCUUACUGUAGUCGUUAGAUGCUCCUCUAAUACUAAACAGCAAACAAAUCAAACCAUAAUCAAUAAUCAGUUAAUCACUGAGAUCGUAUGCCUGCUGCUAAACAGAACCUCUACCAGUCAGUAAGCAAAAGUAUUAGUGAGGCCCAGUCUCUUUUC